GGCACACCUCCGCUGUAUAAUCCGAAGUGUCAGCACUGUCGCUUAUAUCAACCGCACGGUGACGUCCAAAUGCCGCUAUGAGUCAAGACACAAUACGAGGAAAUCCCCAAGGCCGAGAAAACGACGAGAGGCCCCUUUAAAUCGACGCUUCCUCCGGGUUGUGCCAAGAGAGAGAGAGCUCUGAUAAACAACAACACGGUUCUCAGAAGCCGCUUUUACCGGAUUCAGCUCUUUACUGCGGCCUCGGAGAAGAGGAGGCACCGAGGAGUUUUGUCGCCGCCGUUUCCAGCGUUUUUGUUGUCCAUACAUUCAUUGUUGAAUGCCAUUGCGGAAGUGAGAGGCUCCUCGACGCGACACGAAAGGCUUGGUCUGUGCGGACAUCUAGCGGCCACUCAGGAGAAGGUGCCAUCCAGAGAUGUACGGAGCUUCAGGUAUCCCCGAGCUCAUCCCUCCCAGCGGGCCUUCCCGGCAGCCCGGCCCGGCGGGGCAGUUCAACCCGGGCCACCCCCAGGUCAACGGCCACGGCGGGGCACAGAACCCCCAGAGGCUCGGACAGAGGGCACCCAAACUGGGCCAGAUCGGAAGGUCCAAGAAAGUGGACCUGGACGAUGAAGACUUGGACGACAUCAUGAAUAACAACGGUCAGUGUCCUGUCUCCCUGUCACCCAUCUCCUAAACUUCACCGAGAAGUGCCAAAAUUUAAAAAAAAAAGAGAAAUCCCCCGGGACGCCAAACCUCCCCCAAGUCAGUGAUCUUGGCCUCGGUCCUGUCAAGUGUCCUACUGAAGCUUCUGACGGCUCAUCAAGGCUCGAAAACGGCUCAUUUAGCGCCGACUGAAGCCUGGGCCCUGAUUGUAUAUAGUGUCUAUUUAACUUACCUUUGGUCAGACUGUGAAUGAACCGCAUUGCAUCGCUCUCUACUCUAUACCUCGGUAGGUAGUGGACUGUCAGGACUGGAGGACGGUUUGGGAGAAAGUGUCCAUAUUUUUCAGAGCUUCUUAAACAAGGGCUACGUUUCUAAAGUUGCACUGAGCAAACGGUUAGAUGAAGAGCAGCCUCCCGCCUGCGUGUUUACCGGUGAGGGUUACUGAUUGUGGGUCGGUUGCGUUGAGGGAAGCCUGUUAAUGUGUAUCACACAGGUGAAACGUUAAGCUUCGGUUGUGCAAUGACUAUCAUUCUCUCCUCUCACGCCGAUCCGAGCGGUGUACUUAUUAUCCAGUGGAUGAAAGCUUGCUAUUUACAAGAAAACAACACACAACUACUGCUAAUUAUUUAUUGUUGAAAAGACGAGACACUUGCUGUUACGGCUUCUACGUGUUUUUUACUUGGAUAUUUUGUGCUUCGGUCGAGAUUUCUUUCCAAAUGGUGCACUUUUGUGGGAAUGCCUGUUAUGUGCAGUGACAUGUGGCAGAAUUCUAUGCAUGAAGUCUGUUAAAGCAUCAAAACACGUAACUGGUUUCCUGUUAUUUAAGGGCUAUGUAGUCGUAUUUCAAACCGCACCACCGUGUUUUUUUUUUUUUCUUUGCUCAUGCCGAGUCAGCAUUUCCCUGAGCUCAUUGUUGGCUUUGAGACUCGGCGAUGAAAUAUCAUAAACAACAACAGAUUUUACGGAGCCUUUGUUUGUUUCCAAAGGCAGGGUUUUUCCCCAGCAGGCCACAUGACUGUGAGAAAAGAUGUGUACAGUUGAAAAAUGCUACUUCAGAUUGAUAUUUAAAGCGGAUUGUGAUUGCCAUGCUGACCUGUUAUGAUGAACAAAACUUGAUUGUGUUUAUAUAUGAAGCACUCAUCUGAACUACACCCACAUGGGUUCAGGUGGACUAUUUAAAGAUACGUCAGACUUUAUAAUUGCAGUAUGAGAUCAUAAAAACAAGCAGCCUCUGAUUAGCUGAGACAAUCUCAUGUUGUUUUUUUUUUUUGAUUUUCUAAAGAUUGCAGCGUCCGGUUGAGGCCUGAUCGUGUGUAAAGGCUCAUGCUGAUGUCAUGUUACUUUGUUGGCUGUGAAAUUGUUACUAGUUCACUUGUUCUUGGCUUCAUGGAAGCGCCACAUUUCACAGCUCAUUCUCUGACUCGAAGAUUGCUGUUUGGGUUGUGGUUACCUUUUUGCAUGGAACUUUUCAUAAUGCAUCUCGGGAAAUAAAAUCUGAAUCUUUGUGGAA